GUUUGUGUCUUGACUGUACCUUAUCUUGUCGACGUGUGGUUUCGAAACUUUCGGGAUUUAUUUUGUCUAGGAGCGAUUUCUUGUAGUAGAACAUACCAAGUUUUCCAAAAUAUGGCUUUUCCAGCAGUUGUUUCACUUCGGUGUGCUGUACAGCAGUAUGCCUGGGGACGGAUUGGUCUUGAUAGUGCAGUAGCCAGCCUCAGUCAGAGUUCUAAUAAAGACUUCACAUUACAACCAGAUCAACCCUAUGCUGAGUUGUGGAUGGGCACUCAUCCCAAGGGUCCCUCUAUCGUUGGUUCAUCCGAGCAUGCUGGGAUACCCCUCAGUGACUUCAUCGCUAAGCAACCAGAGUGUCUUGGGUCAAAGGUCAGAGCUAAGUUUGGUGAUCAACUUCCUUUCCUCUUCAAGGUGCUCUCCGUCAACAAGUCACUCUCCAUCCAGGCCCAUCCAAACAAGGCCCAUGCUGAGCAGUUGCAUUCAGUGAGACCAGAUAAAUAUCCUGAUCCAAAUCAUAAACCAGAAAUGGCCCUUGCUCUGACUCCAUUUGAAGGCAUGAAUGGCUUCAGACCAGUAUCACAAAUAGUCAACUUCUUAGAAAAUGUACCUGAGCUCAAAGCAGUGGUUGGGGAGGAGAACGCUGCAUCUCUGUCUGCUGCCCUCAACGCCAGUAAUGGGAAUGGAUCAUCAGAGGAAUGCCGGGCUGGGCUAAAACGAUGUUUGUCAGCAAUCAUGAAUAAAGAUAUCAAUGAGAUGACAUCUAAACUGGAAGCAUUGAUUGCAAGACUCAAAGCAGAAGAGGCCGGGGGUCAGGAUCUAAGCCAAAGCAAUGGAUUGUUAGUUCUUAGGUUAUAUAGUCAGUUCCCCGGUGAUGUAGGUUGCUUUGUUUCCUAUCUCUUCAAUCACAUCACACUUCAACCAGGAGAAGCCAUGUUUCUAGGACCCAACGAACCUCAUGCGUACCUAUCUGGAAACUGCAUAGAAUGCAUGGCAUGCUCAGACAACGUAGUGCGUGCAGGACUCACCCCAAAGUUCAAGGACAUCCCAACACUAUGUGAGAUGUUGACGUACCUCCCAUCAACGGCCGAGGAGAGGAUAUUCCCAAGUAAGACAGACCCUAACGAUCCCUACAUCACCAUCUACAACCCUCCGGUACCUGAUUUUGCAGUCGCUCGAGUCAAGGUCCCAGCUGACCAAACAAGCUACAGUCUCCGCGCUGAAGACAGUCCUAGCAUUAUUAUCAUCAUUGAGGGACAAGGUGAGGUUGCACACCCCUCGUUACCAAAUGGACAAGCCCUGUCAUUCUGUAAGGGGUCAGUAUUGUUUCUCUCAGCCAAUCAGAGCCUGGCUCUCAAUUUAACCAAUGGGCUGCUGGCUUUCAGAGCCUUCUGCCCCCUUGAUUAAUGGUGCUAUACGCUUGGGAAAUCAUGAAUAUUCAUAUCUCUACCCACACUUCUUUUCUAUUGGCUGUUUACUUAAUGAUACAAGUUUGGAAUCAUCUGACUGUAGGCUGUCUGAUUCUGUUGUAUAAUAAACCUAAUCAAUAUAUAUGACUGAAAUUACUAGUACUGAAAAUAAAUUUAGUAUUUUUAUAAUCAAUAUUUGACUUUCAAUAGUCCGUGUUCUAGUAUAUUUAUGUAAGUCAUCGUUGAACUGCAGGUAUAUUCUACUACGCGUAUUAGAAUCCAAGAACACUGCCCAUUUCUACCACUACAAAUAAAGACAAAUCAGUGUGAUUGAAACAAAUGUGUGAUGUAUUAAAAAUUUGAACGAUUUAAUCUUUAGAGGUAAAUCUUGUUAGAUUGCAUAAAAAGAAAACAAAUUGAGAAUGACCCUCCUUCGUUAGUGGUCAUUAAAUUUUCAUUUUUUUCAUUAAGAUUUUUCUAAGUGUUAUAGUUACCAAUGUUAUACAUUGAAAUGAAAGUAUGUUAUUUGUAUUUAUUUAGAUUUAUUACUUCCAGAAUUAUUUUUAUAUUUUUUGCUGAAUUUUAUGUAUAAAUUGUGAUUUAUUAAGAAGUUAUUAGUUGCAAUAGAUUUGAAAGUUGUGAUUUUUAUUGAGUAAAAGUAAUGAUGUUGAUCGUGAUGAUGAUGUUGAUGGUGAUGAUGACGGUAAUGGUGAU